CUAGAUCACUCUACAUGGAAAGCAACUACCGGUUUAACAGUUAUUCCGACGCCACUUAAAUGCAGCAUUGGAUAAGUUAGCUUCUUGCUAACUCUGCAAUGGACAAUGUCCCCAGUUUUUGUUCGUCACUCUCUUCAGAAGAAAACGGUCCAGAAACCGGCAACAGCUCGUCAACGGAAGAUGGAUUAGUCGACGCUUUUGGCGACCUGGCUGCCCUCCCGGUCGAGGUUGGUGAGAGAAGACCGACGUGUUUACGGUGCCGUCGCCCUGAGAAGGUGUGUCUCUGUCCUUUUCUUCCACCACAACCCCUGGAGGUCUCCACAUGUCUGUACGUAGUGCAGCACCCUGCAGAGGAGAGCAGAGUACUUCGCACAGUGCCGCUACUUGCUGCUUGUUUGCCACAAGAAAAGUGCAAUGUCAUAGUGGGAAGGAGAUUCAAUGAGGAAAAGCACCCGGAGCUGGCAGCGGUGUGUCGGGACAGCAGGACGCUAAUACUAUACCCCGGUCCCAAAUCUCAGAACCUGGAAGAAUUAGUGCAGUACCAGGAAGUAGGCACUUUAAAACACAAUGUGAUCAUCAUAGAUGGGACCUGGAGCCAGGCCAAGAACAUGUUCCUCAAAAACAGCCUCUUCCACCUGCCUAAACAGGUGCAGCUCAGCAGGACUCUUUCCAGUCAGUAUGUGAUCCGCACACAGCCCUCCAACAUCUGUCUGUCCACGCUGGAAUGUGCUGCUGUCGCCUUGUCCAUCUUGGAGCAGAAUGACGUCAUCCAAGAGGUUCUGCUGAGGCCCCUAAAAGCCCUGUGCUCCUUCCAGCUGCAGCACGGCGCUCAGAUUCAUCAUAGCAAGGAGCAUCUACUGAAGAACGGCAUGUACGACAAACCAAUGCCCAAGAACAAACGCAAGAUAAAGAGGAUGGAGAAACUCGUCACAGACAACAGCAUUUGCCCGAGAUGAGGGAGGGACUGAGCAGAGAAGCUCGACCGAUCUCUGCAUACGCUGCACAGGACUAUACCAUCAGGGCUCAGACAUGGAAACCACUGGACUUUUUGGGACUUCUUGUAUUUGCUGUUAAAUUAAUUUAUGUAUUUGUCAUUCCUUUAAAAUAAAUGAAUGACACUUUAAAGUUGUGGUUUAAAUGUCAUGGUCUGACAAUAAAUAUGGUUUCAUUGUUUUUAAAACACUUUAAAUGGUUCCUCCCUACGUUUUAUAAUAGUUCUGUUGUGAUUGACUACACAUCUGGAAGAGCUGAUGUUUUUAUAUACUGUACCUUUAAAACACAUGAUAUUCCACAACACUACAUGCACAGCAACACAUAAUAUAGCAGAAAAAGUGAGAAUUGUACUGUACUGUGUGUGAGGUCAGGGAUGUUUAUGAAUAUACAGGAAGUUCCAAUUUUUAGCUGUUAUGUUUUUAUAGUAAAUCUGACUGCAUAAAGUUCUCUUAUUAUACAAUAAAUUUACGUGGAUAAUA